AUGUCCCGCCUCAACUACUUCAACACGCUCACCCAGGCGCAGAAGCUCAACCAGCUGGCGAGGCGCCGCUGCCCUCGCCACACUCCGCCCUGCUCGCAGCCCUGCUCGCCAGCCGGCCCGCAACCGCCGACGCCACGGCCGCGGCUCGUGGCCUCGCCGCCGCCGCCGCCGCUCUCGGCUCCUCCUUCCGGCCCACUGCCGCCGCCGACCUCGCCACGCCUCGCCGCUGACCGCUGCAGGUGCCGCUUCAUGCAGCGGUCCGAGUUUGCGAACGGGGUGGCGGCGAUCGCGGGGAAGAAGAUCGUCAUCGUCGGCUGCGGCGCGCAGGGCCUCAACCAGGGCCUCAACAUGCGCGAUUCGGGCUGCGACAUCUCGUACACGCUGCGGCAGUCGGCGAUCGACUCAAAGGCGCUGCCUCCCUCCUGGCCCUCGCCCCGCCGCCCGCGCGGACAUGUCAAUUCUAUCCCGCAGGCGGACAUGGUGCUCAACCUGACGCCCGACAAGCAGCACACGUCCGUCGUCAACGCGGUGAUGCCGCUGAUGAAGGAGGGGGCGACGCUCGCGUACUCGCACGGCUUCAACAUCGUCGAGGAGGCACGAGAUACGGGGAGAUAUGGGGAGAUACGGCGAGAUGGGAUGCGAGUCCGGCCCGACCUCACCGUCAUCAUGGUUGCGCCAAAGUGCCCCGGCACGGAGGUGCGCGAAGAGUACAAGCGCGGGUUCGGCGCGCCGGCCCGCUCGUCGGCGGUGUACGCCCGCCGUGUGGACGGCGUCUCUUCACGGCCCUCCGGCUGCGCGGUGCUCUCGUUCGACAAGAUGGUGGAGAACGGCAUCGACCCGUCUCACGCCUACGCUGAUUAA